AUGGGAACUGAACUGGCCACCGGUUUGGAGAUGGCUGUGGUGGUCUCACUCGACAGAUCGGUCGGGGUAGCAGGAGCCACGGGCACGGCAGAGCUGGAUGUUGUCCCCCACAGGCUACUAACAAAGCUGUCCCAUGCGUCCGUCAGUUUUGUCCCGGUGCUAGACGGUGUCGGAACAGCCGGUACUGAAGGAGACUCCGUCACACCCUGGGUGACUUCCGUGGGGAUUGCAGGCUGGGAAGAUGCGGUUUCCUGGCUGGUUUGGCUGGGAGUUGCAGGCUGGGAAGAGGCGGUUUCCUGGCUGCCUUGGUUGGAAGUCGCAGGCAGCGAUGUGGUAUCUUGGUCCGUGGGUUGGGGAACGGGCACCGGAGUAGAUUCCUGGGAUUGCGACGCCGGCGAUACCGCAGGCGUGCUAGCUGGGGGAGGCGGCGGUUGCUCCGUGAUAGACGUCGCACUUGUCGAGGUCACGGCACCAGGCGUCGCAGCAGGCGGGGUGCCUGUAAUGGUAUGCGUGACCCCAUUCAAAUCAACCGAGAGGGUGAUAGGAAUAACCACCACCGGAGGAGAUGGAUCGGCCACCGGAGUCGUGGUCACUACCUCUGCCGUUUCGGUCGGCUGCGGCACAUCGGUAUUGAGUUUCGUUACCAGCUCGGAGGUCUGA